UCAAUUAGCGUGGUUCUUCGCGAGCCAAUCACGCGCCCUGUCAUUUUUUCAAUCUCGUGCUUUCGUCCUUCUUGUCUUCCUCUCUCUCUCUCUCUCUCCACCUCCGCCGAGCUCCAUCCAUGGCCGCCACUACCACAACCCUAGGCCUUCUCAACUGUCUCCCUUCCCUUCCCAAGCUCCCCAGACCCUCACCAUCCCCCCUUAUCAAGCUUCCCUCCCAACCCUCUCUGUCCCCACCUCUCCUCUCGUCCCUUCACCACGAAAUCUCCGCCAAAUCGCGACAUCUCGUCACUACCUCCGCUGCUCUCUCUCUUCCUCUCCUUCUCAGCGCUCAGGAUGCGUUGGCGGCCGACGGGGAGUUCGGGAUCCUGGAAGGUCGAUCGCUGGCACUGAUCCAUCCAAUCGUGAUGAGCGGCCUCUUCUUGUACACGCUCUGGGCUGGGUACUUAGGCUGGCAAUGGCGCCGAGUUCGCACCAUCCAGAACGAGAUCAAUGAGCUCAAACAACAGGUCAAACCCCCAGCUCCCGCCGCCGUCACCGCCGGAGCUCAGUCUGCAGCAGCAUCGCCUCCUCCCCCGGCUUCAUUAUCCCCAAUCGAGUCCCAGAUCCAGAAGCUCACUGAGGAGAGGAAGGAGUUGAUCAAAGGAUCAUUCCGAGAUCGGCAUUUCAAUGCCGGAGCUACUUUGCUAGGGUUUGGUGUGUUUGAGGCGGUGGCUGGUUGCGUUAACACUUAUCUUCGCACCGGCAAGCUCUUCCCCGGACCUCAUCUCUUCGCCGGAGCAGGUAUAACAGUGUUGUGGGCAGCAGCAGCUUCUCUUGUUCCUGCAAUGCAAAGAGGGGAUGAGACUGCCAGGAAUCUUCACAUUGCAUUGAAUACAUUGAAUUUGCUACUCUUCAUCUGGCAAAUCCCAACUGGAAUUGAGAUAAUUUUUGCCGUCUUCGAGUACACCAAUUGGCCAUGAUUUAAGUUUUAAUUGCACAACUCAUUUCCCAGGUUUCAAAUGAUCAUGAGAUGCAGUUGCACUUUCUCCAUUUUGAACCAUCAUGAAGCCAAACUUUCUUCUAGUCUUGUGACCCAAAAAAAAAAAAGGGUUAAUUUUGGUUGUCUGUGCAUUAUUAGUGUGAGGAUGUAGCAGACAUACUAUGCAGUGAUGGUAUUUGAUGUGAAUGCUCCAUGUGGAUAAUUUAUCCAUAUCUUCAUCUGGGGUACCCUAUAACAUGCAUAAAUGAGAUUGUGGAUGGUGUUGUAUGAUGGUCCUGGUGAAUGGUUGGUCAUGCCAUUUCUCAACCAAGAAUUAAUAAUCGCCUUUAUUUUGAAGGACAA